GUUAUUUUAAAUUUCUUUUGCUUCCUACAUAUAUAUUUAAAAGAAAAAAAAAAGUGAAACUAUGGCCAAACUUAUGAGUCGUGUUAUCAAUAGUAUUUUAGUACUGAACUAUAUUAAUUUUAAUGGAUUAUAUGUCAUUCUUAUAUCGCUCAUAAUCGUCUAUGUAUAUAUAUAUUGUCGAAGAAGAUAUUUUUCUCCACUUGCUUCUGCACCACUAGCUCCAGCUAAUCAUUUCUUAAUCAAGUAUUUUGGUAUGGUUCCACCUCCCAAUGAUGUCGAAAAAACAGACUCUUUAUCUCGUUUUCUUAUUCUUGCUGGGCAAGAUCCUUCUUUAUCCCCUAUAAGUGUUUGCUGGUCUAUAAUAGGAACUCCAUUGGUCCUUGUAAAUACAUUAAGAGGCGUAAAAGAUGUUCUUAUUGACGGUCAAGCAAAAAGUAAGAUCAAAGGUGAGCCACCAAAAAUUCAACGUGGAAAUCUUAUUCGAUUGAUUCAAAACCUGGUGUUUGGUGGUAAAAGCAUAAAUAAUGCUGUCGGUGAAGUAAGUCUAUCUCCUUCUUUAAAUAUAGAAUGGCGCUGGAGACGACAUAUUUUAUUACCACCUUUUCAACCUAAACAACUCGUACCUAAACUAUUACCUUAUGUUGCAACACGUACUGGUGACCUUUUGCAAUUAUUUGAAAAACAUGCUCACUCUGGAAAAGCAAUCGAGCUUGAUGAAUUAUUUAUGGGCUUGACAAUGGAUGUUAUCAACUAUUAUUUAUAUGGCCGUAGUGAGUUAAAUUAUGAUAUAGUAGGUGGAAGACAAAAUUUAAAGAAUGAACAUCAUCGUCUUGGUUUAGGCUUUCAAUCAGUUGAAGCUUGGCUUCCAUUUGGUAUUAAUAAAACGAACUGGGCACAAAGAAGAUAUAAACCAGCUCGUGAUAAAUUGAAAGAAUUUAUCAGAGAUUCCCUUAAUUAUGCUUUAGAGGACUACACAGAGGAUUUAAAGAAUUAUGAAAAACAAGGUGUUUCAAAGAAUCAAAGAUCAUAUCGCUCGGUUGCAGCCUGUGCUUUUGAUAGUGGAAGUUAUAAAGAGGAUCAUAUUGAUCUAAUUAAUGACUUACUUUCAUUAACUUUUGCUGGUUAUGAUACGACAGCACAUACUUUGUCUUUUGCUUUCUCUGAACUUGCUCGUAAUCCUAAAUUACAAGAUGAGCUAUUUCAUCAAGUUCGUUCUGUUUUAGGCCCCCCUCCAGUUGCUCCAGAAACUAUUACUGCUGAAAAAUUAGCAAAAAUGCCAUUAGUUACUGCUAUCUACCGUGAAACUCUUAGAAAGUACCCUGCUGUUGUUUUUAUUCCUGUUCAUGUAAAUAAAGAUGUUAUUGUUGAUGGUGUGGUUGUACCCUCUAAUGCAGAGAUUUGGUGUAAUGUUCGUGGAAUUCAAAUGAAUCCAGCUAUAUUUCCUGAUCCUGAAAAAUUCGACCCUACUCGUUGGCUGAAACCUCAAGAUAAAGUCAAAUUAACCGAGAAUAACGAUAAUGAGGUCCCUCAACAGGAUAAUGUCUUUGAUAACUUAAAUUCAAGUAGUAGUGAUGACAAUAACAGGACUGACUCAUUCAUUACACCUGAAGCUCAAUAUAAUUUCCCGGAUUUAUCAUUUACUUUAGGGCAGCAUGCAUGUUUAGGAAAGAAUUUGGCUAUUUUAGAAUUGAGAACUGUAAUUGCUUGUGUUAUGAAUCAAUUUACAUGCAAAUUAAAAGAAGGUUUAGUCAUUGACACUAAAGUUGUACUGACAACAAAACCACGUUAUGGCGUUUGGGUGCAUUUUGAGCAAAGAUAGAAAAAAUUAUUAUAUUACUUAAUUAUUUAUUUAUUAAUAAAAUGAAAAAUAUUUUUUUCAUUACC